AUGCUAUUGCUAGCUGUGAGACAACACAGGACAAUACAUUUUCUGAGAAGCUCUGACCCCGAUGCUCAUUAUGUUUGUAUUGUUCUUCCUGCAGACAGUGAGAACUGCAUGAAAUGUCCUGAUGAUGAAUGGACAAAUGAGAAGAAGGAUCGGUGUGUUCCAAGAGUGGUGGAAUUUCUCUCCUACACUGAUGAUCCCAUUGUUGCAGUAUUUUCAGCCGUCUCCAUCCUCUGUUGUCUUCUGACUGGUUUAAUAUUGGGGAUAUUUAUACAUUACCAGGACACCCCCAUUGUUAAAGCCAAUAACCGGGACCUGAGCUAUCUUCUCCUGGUCUCCAUCAUGCUGAGCUUCCUCUGUGUCUUCUUGUUCCUCGGCCAUCCAGUAGAUGUGACCUGCAUGCUGCGUGUCACCUUUUUUGGUGUCAUCUUCUCAGUUGCCGUCUCUUCUCUACUUGCCAAAAGUAUCAUGGUGUGUAUUGCUUUUAAAGCCACCAAACCUGGGAGUCUCUGGAGGAAAUGGAUGGGAACCAAACUGCCCAAUUUUAUCAUUUGUGUCUUUUCAUUGGUCCAAGUCAUAAUCUGUGUCACUUGGUUGUCUAUUUCUCCCCCCUUUCAGGAUCGGGACACUCACUCUUAUCAGGGGAAGAUCAUCAUUCAGUGUAAUGAGGGUUCAGUUAUCGGCUUCUACUCUGUCCUGGGAUAUAUGGGGCUUCUGGCAGCUGUGAGUUUCAUCAUCGCUUUUUUAGCCAGGACAUUACCGGACAGUUUUAAUGAGGCCAAGUACAUCACCUUCAGCAUGCUGGUGUUCUGCAGUGUCUGGAUUGCCAUGAUCCCGGCCUAUCUGAGCACAAGAGGGAAAUACAUGGUGGCUGUGGAGGUUUUUGCUAUAAUGGCAUCAAGUUCUGGACUUCUUGGCUGUAUAUUUUUCCCAAAAUGUUACAUAAUUCUGUUCAGACCUGACCUGAAUACAAAAACAGUUAUCCGCUAAUAUUUAUGGAGAAACACUUAGUUACCAGCAAUUUUAGAGCCGGUUCACACAGGGGCGAUCUGGGAUCCGACUUGAAGUUGCCCCAAGUGGUCCCAAGUCGUGUGGUUGAGAAAAUCAAAAAGGAAAUGGGAGUGAAUGGAGUCGUCUUAAAUGAAC